AUGGCCAAAGAGUCUAGAAAAACCUACAACUACCUCACUGCGGAGCGCCUCGUGCCUGUAAAAACCGUCAGGUUGCCUAGGGAUGUCCUCCGGCUACGCGACGACAAAACCAUCACGAUACGCAGAGAUUACAAGCAAAAACUCCUACAGGACAUCGAUGCAAAAGUUCACUACCUGAAUCCAGAAAUUAAAAAGUUUGUAUUUUUCACUCCUAUUCGGAAUCGAGAGAACAUCAAGCGCCUGUUCCGGGGAAACCGCGCUUUCCCACCGCGCACCUUCACUCGGAUUUACUUGGAUAUACUGAAAAAGAUAACGAGUGGUGCCCGUCGCGAUGAGCUGAUCAAGUUGAUGCAGGAGGCCGGGAUCUCACCACUUCCAUCAGAUGAUGUGUGGCGUCGCUAUACCGAUCCCAAAACUGGCGAUAUUAGCAUUGGUUUGCGUUACUCUUCAUAUAUGGAGCGGUAUUUAGUACGUAUAUGUGAAAAGUUCGACCCCGGCUGUAUGCCCAAUGCCAGAAGGAUGUCCCCAAUUCAGGCUUAUAUACUUGCAAAUUUUUCAGAUUCCUCGAAAGUUCCGUCUCUUGAGCAGUGGGGAAACAACCUUGGAGCCAUUAAGGAAGAGGAACUUAUUCUUAGCGCUCGUACGAUGGAUCCCUUGUCCAUUGUAAUGGAGCAGGCCUCUCAUGAGAUCAAAUCUUACGGGAGGGAGCAAAUAGAGCCAGUAGUCUCGAGUAUGACUUUGGAAGAGCAGGAACACAUGCUUCGAGACGUCGCUGAACGUGGAAAGGAGCUCUACGAGAAGAUGUGUAGACAUUUAUUAUUUGCAGCUCAAGUAUUGCUGGCGGUGAACUCGCUUCCAGAGAUCAAAGCAAUCCAAAAGCCAUCUCAGGUGUUUUUUUUCGAAAAACGGUUACUUCAUGUGAUGAAGCAAAAUGGUUCGUGGUUCCCUGACAUAACCAAGGAAUUCCAGGAAUACAAGAUGCUCUCGCCCGAAGAGCAAAAACGGUACUAUUGUUUUAACUCACGCAUAGGGAGGCGUACCCAAAGCGGUUUACAGCUGUACGUUCGCUACUGCACCCGCGACUACGGCAUUGGACGCUCAGAAGCGGCUCACCGUUUUUUCUACCUCUCCGACCUCCAGCAUGCGGCGUUAAACUUCCCAUUCUACUACCCUAUUACCCCUGGAAACGCUAGUGUCAUGGCUUUUCGCAAGUUUUACAUAGAUAUGUGUAUUCGGUAUGGAUUUUCUCAUAAACUUAACCAUAACUCUCUGGGAAACCGCCUCCUUGAGGGCGCCAUGCGAAAGAAAUGGAAACUGCUUGAUCCAUCGGAGAGGAAGAAGUACUAUGAACCAGAUGUCGUAGGACCAACAUUUCCACUGCAGCCGUUAUCCUUGGAUGGGCUGAACGGGGCCGUGUCGUCUGAGGCGGGUUCCAGGGAACCCGAAGUGUCUCCUCAAGAUGCCGGGAUGAUUUCCUCGGAGGGGUCUGCCGAUACGAUGGAUGCGAUGAAAUCCAUUCUAUCCUCUAAGGAUCACCCUCCCCCACCUUUAACAGAAGAAUCACAGGAAGGGUCUCAUCCAUCGCGUCCAGCUGUUUGGAUUGAGGAGAAUAGGCAGCACCAGGCAUCAGAUUCCUCUUUCUCCGUGCGCGUAGGCAGACAAAAAGCGGAUACUCCGCAGAAGGUUAAGACGACGGAAGUUAGCAUUCCCGUAUCGGAUCCAUAUGGAAUUGGUGAAAAACACGCAAGGGUAUCGGUAAUGGUUGUGUAA